AUGUCGGCUUUCUCUGCAAUUCAAAGCAAUCAAGAGAUUUUUUAUGUACAGAACUCCUCUGAUGAAGAACAAGGUUCAGACAGCGAUAACGAUAAUGAAAAUUUGAUCAUUCCAGAAGUAUCCAGUGCUCCUCCUCCGUCGAUAUUAAGGAGUAAUAGUCAAAUUAAACCGCCGGUAUUUUCGAAAUUCCAAGCGCGACUCAAUGAAAAUAUCCUUCUAAAAGGUAAUAUUAUCUAUUUUGGUCUAAACUAUGGGGAAUCCUUGGUAUUAAAAGGUCAAUAUAUCCUCACCAUUUACUCGGGGAAAUUAAUGAUCAAUGGGGUAACUUACCAUCGUGGGACUGCAAAGUAUAAUGUUUAUGCCCCGAUUUCUCAUUCCUUGCCUGAAUUAUUAUGUAUUUCAUCUAAUGAGAACCUGGGGACUCUUUCACCAGAAGUGGUGGAUAUUUUUACUGAGAAAUUCGAUACCAUCGUCAAGCUUGAAAAUAACUUCACAAAAUUGGAAUCGAUUGGUAAUCUUUGUCCGUUAUUCAAGAAUAUGUUCCAUAAUAAUCUUCAUAACCAGUUUCCAAAACUCGUUGACCAUGAUGAUGAUGGUGAUGAUGAUCUUGAUUUGAAUUUCCAAAAAUACUCGUUCUGUCCAAUACUUUGUCCAGUAUACGACCUUAAUGUCAUGAGACCUCCAGCCAACUGGUUACAAUUAUCCAAAACGUUUGUGCUGCAGAAUACCUCCAUUCCUAAACGUGUAUUGAUCAUUGGUUAUAAAAACUCCGGGAAAUCCUCGUUAUUGAAACUCCUUGCUAACAGUUAUCUUGAUUCGAUAAACUACGUGGCCGAUGAACCGAUUGGGAUCUUGGAUAUUGAUCCAGGGCAAUCGGAAUUCUCGGUUCCCAAUUCAGUGUCGUACUCUACCUAUAAUUUCCCAUUAAUUGGCAGUAAUUUGACGGGUAGCCAUGCUGGCGGUAGUUGUUGGAAUGAGUAUUUUGGGUUCAAUAACCCCAUGGAGAACCCUGAUUGGUACUUGACGUUAGUUGCAAAACUUUUCCAAGAACGGUAUGAGGACAAUGAUCUAGUUCGCCAAGUUCCAUUAUUGGUGAACAUGCCUGGUUGGAUCAAGGGGUACGGAGUACAAUUAAUUUAUAAAAUCAUCAAAAUUAUCAAGCCGACCGAUAUUGUAUAUUUGAAAAGUCACAAUGAAAUGGAAUACCAAUCGGAGGAUGCUGAUGAUGAAGAAGAUGAUGAAUUAUUGGGGUUGAUCAAUGAGUCAAAACAAGAUUUUUUCCAAAACAUUAACAUCAUCAAGUCUAGUGGGGUAUUCUUCCAUCACACCAGUUUGAAAUAUUCAUCGCAAGAAUUAUCGAUCUUUAGAGUGCUUUCAUAUUUCCACAAGAUACCAAAUAAUAACAUUUCAUCGUCAUCAACCUCAUCUAGGCCAAAUUUCAAUUUUAAUCCAUUGUUGUGGACAUCACCAUUGAAGAUCUCAUAUCUUGCGAAGUCUCAAACCCCCGACACGAUCAUCUCCACCAUCAGCGAGUUUAAAGGUAUAUGCGGGGUGACGGUAUUUAACGAUGAUGAACUUUCCCAACCUUUGAACAGUACCGAAAUUUCUACGAUCUUUGAUUGCUCAAUUGUGGGGAUCUACGCCGUAGAAACCAAUCAAUACUUGAAUAUCUACCAAUCAUCAUCUGUCAAUAAAUCAUCAGUGCCAGAGACCCAGCUCCCGGUAUUUAUCCCAUUUUCGAAAUUCCAAGAAGAAUUCGGGCCACGAAGUAAUACCAUCCAAUUCCUUGGUCUAGGAAUAAUCCAUAGCAUCAAUUACAAAACCAAGACUUUCAACAUAUACCUUCCCGAUCUCGAAUCAAUCAAACUGGUGAAUUUCUCAGAAUAUAAAAUCAUCUUGGGUAGAGGCCGGACCUCGGUGCCCAUUUGGGAACUAUACCCAAAGAGUGAGGAUAACAAUAAAAAACGAAGUGAGAAAUUGUUCAAGCAUGAAAAAGUGCCUUUUAUUAGCUUGAAUGAUAAGUUUGGUAAAGGGGGAAAGAUCUUGAAAGUUCGGAGAAAUAUUAUUAGACGUCGCCAGUAA